GUAGACGAUCUUCGGCAGAGCUAGCCGGCUAACAGAUAGCCCAAACAGACGCCAUUAGUCGGAGAAAAGCGGAGCUUCGUUUGGGGAGAAAAGGGAACCAGCUCCGAUCCGGACCCGUUAAUCCGCCUCCUGGUGGUCUAAUACCCACAAACCUGCGAGUCUCUGAUGCUGUCGGCGCGUCUCUCUGCUCGUUUUAGCUGCUUUUGUAAAGUCGGAAGCUGAUGUGAAGCUGCGCAGGACUCCAGUUCCGAUUAGCAUUAGCAUCGUUAGCUCGUUAGCCGCUGCCCGUUUAGUUGUGAUUAGAACCAGAGGAACGGUUGUUGUUGCCAUGGCGGCCGGCGGCGGGAGGACCUACUCCAUGAAGGUGGUGCUGCUGGGGGAAGGCUGCGUGGGCAAAACCUCCCUGGUGCUCAGAUACUGCGAGAACAAGUUCAACGACAAACACAUCACCACUCUACAGGCGUCGUUCCUCACAAAGAAGCUGAACAUCACGGGGAAGAGAGUCAACCUGGCCAUCUGGGACACGGCGGGUCAGGAGCGUUUCCAUGCGUUAGGGCCGAUCUACUACAGAGACUCCAACGGAGCCAUUCUAGUCUACGACAUCACAGACGAAGACUCCUUCCAGAAGGUGAAGAACUGGGUGAAGGAGUUGAGGAAAAUGUUGGGGAACGAGAUUUGUUUAUGUAUAGUAGGUAAUAAAAUAGAUCUGGACAAAGACAGACACGUUUCAGUGGAGGAAGCUGAGAGUUACGCCGAGUCGGUUGGAGCCAAACAUUACCACACGUCUGCCAAGUUAAAUAAAGGCAUCGAGGAGCUCUUCCUGGACCUCUGUAAACGGAUGAUGGAGACGGCUCAGGCUGAGGAGAGGUUGAAGGGAAACGGAGCGAGCCAAUCAGCUUCCAGUAGGCGGGGCGUUCAGAUCGUUGAUGACGAGCCGACGGCCACGCCCGCCGGGGGCUGCUGCUCCUCUGGCUAACACACACACACACACACACACACACACACACACACACACACACACACACACACACACACACACACACACACACACACACACACACACACACACACACACACACACACACACACACACACACACACACACACGCCUGCGGAGCCCUCUGAGUGUUUCUGUUGCUCUAAAACCCUAAAAAAGAAAAAUAAUCAUAAACUGUCUCUGCUGCUAAGGAUCAUGGGAAAUCAUAUUUAAUCACUGUUUCAAAAUAAAAGCAUCUCGUGAUCAAAGAUCUGGUUAAAGUCACAUUUUCAGCACUUUACUUUGACGACGCAGCGACUAAAACUUCCUGUUUUUAUUCUUAUUAUUAUGAUUCUAAAUGAAAGAAGCUGAAAUAAAUCAAACCACAUUUCUUUUUCUCUUUUUGUUUUGUUUUGGUGGGAAACUUGUCCAGGGAUAAAAACACCCAAACACACACUGUAUAAACAUCAUUAAUCAUCAUAUUUAUCCACAAAUAUCAACAUGUUUCAGAGGAGGAGCAGGAGCAGCAGGAGGAGAGAGACAGCGCCUCCUGCUGGACCAGUUCACACUUUACAGAGUACACUGAAAAUACACCGAAAAUACACUGAAAAUACACAGAAAAUACACAGGAAAUACAGAAAAUACACAGAAAAUACACAGAAAAUACACAGGAAAUACACCGAAAAUACAGAAAAUACACAGAAAAUACACUGAAAAUACAGAAAAUACACAGAAAAUACACAGGAAAUACAGAAAACACACCGAAAAUACACAGAAAAUACACCGAAAAUACAGAAAAUACACAUAAAAUACACAUAAAAUACACAAAAUACAGAAAAUACACAGAAAAUACACAUAAAAUACAGAAAAUACACAUAAAAUACAGAAAAUACACAGAAAAUACAGAAAAUACACAAAAACUCUCUUCAACUCCAGACAAACUAAUUUCUUUUUUUUACUAAAACACAAGACAAGUUUGACAUAAAAUUGGGACCACUGUAGGUAAUAAAAUAUUAAAUAAUACUUAAAAAUAAUAAACAAAUAUUGCAGAGCCUGAUGGUAAAUAUUCAGAGAGAAAAAAUAGUCGAAAAUUUCCAAGAAAAAAAUCUGGAUAUUCUCUGAGAUUUAAAUGGUCAAAAACAUCAGAA